UGAGUCCAGCAUUCAGGAGAAGAAGGAUUACAGUGGCACAGCUCACAAGAUCAUCAGCAAACUCAGUGAGGAGAUCCAGCACAAACAAAACACUUCGAGGUUUAUCAGAGAAAACACUAAAAAUCAUCAGCGAACAGGACAUCUGCUGCUUCAGUAUGAAAAGACGCUGGAAGCCGAGCUAGAGAAGAGACAGGACAGCUAUAAUCAAGACAUGAAAAUCUUCCAGGAGAGAAUGGAGAGCUACAGGAACGUGUUUCAGCAGUAUAAAGAUCGAUACUGUCAGAACUCACUGGCUCAAAAACUGCUGAAGAUUCAAGCUGAGAAAGAGAAAAUCGAGAGGAGAAUCAGAGCAAUGGAAGAACAGAUUCUGGAAAAAGAGAGAGAACUGAUGGCAGCACUGGGUGAGGAUGAGCCAGACACUGAUGCUGCUGACAGUAAGUGUAAAGACAAUGACGCCCCACAAACUGAAAACAGUGAGUCGUUUGAUGAAAUGGACCCCAUAAUGCAGAGGCCUGAAGAAUAUGCAGAUGAGCACAUGGUUGCUGAAGAUGCUUCUGAGGAGAAUAAGGAUAAAAUAGCAGAAAGUGAAUCUCAAACUGACACACUUUGCCACGACUUAUGGACAAAGAACAAAACUGGAGAAGAUCAAAUGCAAGAAGGUGAUCCGAAGCAGUCAGAGGAGGAGGGGAAUAUGAAUGUUUCAUGUGCUUCUGAGCUCAUGGUGGAAAUGUCAGAGAAGGAGGAGGAUCAUUUGGAGGCGACCACAGCAGAUGUUCAGGAGGACACAGAGAGCGAGGGUGGCAUCUGUCCUCCUCCAACACCGGCUAGAAUAAAAGCCACACCGACCACCCCCAUCUUCUCUCUAAACAACAGUCCCAGUUCCUCACCUGUACGGCAGGAGAUCUCAGACACCAAGUCGCCCGCUUUUGUCUUCUCCAUGAAUUCUGGUCCAAGCACACCUGCGUUCUCUAAGCUGGGCUGUGAUUUUGCUGCAGAAAAGGCAUCUCCAUUUACCUUCACACGCUCCUAUUUCAGCGACAAGAAGUCACCAGGAUCAGCACCCAAGUUCUCAGGUUUCCUGUUCGAUGAAGCCGAGAGUCGUCAAGAGGAGUUUUCCUUCUCAUUUGGGACGGAGAGCCCUCGGCAGAACUCUUCCACACAGGACACGGCAGGAUCUGCGGAUUCAUUUCCAUUUUCAUUCAGCUUUGGAAAAAUGUAA